ACAGUUUACAUCUUCAUAACAAAAAUUGCGUGUCAAUCAAGAAUCACAAUAUAAUCUAGGAUCUAGAGUAGAUCUAGAUCUUGAUUAGUCAAGUUUUAUCAGUUUACCAUAAUAAUGAAUAGAUCAACUACUAGGGACUAGACCUGUGAUGUAUAGAUCUAUUAUUUCUCAAUUGUUUUCAAGAUGAACAUUGCAACUUCAAUAGAGAUGAUGAAAUUGCUGCCGAAGAUUUCAAUUUCCACAUUAGCUUCAUUGCUUUUCAUUUUGGCAGCAGUACAGCUAAUUUUGCCACAAAGUCAAGUUCACGCCUCUUCAGUAGAUGGUAAUGAUCAACAACAGUCACUGAAAUUUAGAAGAGCUAAUAAGGAUGUAGAUAAUAAACUACAAAGAUCUGUAGACACAGAAACCAAAGAAACACAUGCUGAAAAAUUGGAUGACAAAAUGACUAACUGCAGUCUUCCUGAAAAUAAAACAUCUUCUCAAUGUAGAUCCAAUAGCAGUAGCAUCAUUUAUGGAGAUGGAUCCAUUUUUGAUGUUAUGAAGGAUAAAAACAUGUUACUGAGAACACUUUAUGUCACAUUAGGUGUCACUGGUAUCGUUAUUGUGUACUUCAUUGUGCGAGCUAUAAGACUGAGAAAAAAAAGAACAAAGUCAAGGAAAUAUGGUAUCAUUACUCAACAAGGUGAGCGAGGAGACAUGGAAAUGGAACCUUUAGGAGAUGGCAAUGACGAUGACGAAGAUUACACUGUGUUUGAAGUAAACGGUAGAAAAAAAUAAGUGAACAGUUUGAAAUUACAACUGAUGUUGAUUAUCUGUGCCCAGACUUUCCUUCUAAGAAAUAAAAUUAUCCUGCAAAGACUUUCAUAAACUGGAGUGAUAAAGGCUGACCAUUGUACCUUUGAACUAUUCAAUGUUUCUUUUAAACAGUAUUAAAAAUUAAUAUAAAUAAAAGGAACAUAUUCUUUUAAGCUCUAAAUAAUGCUACGUAGACAAUUUAAAAAAAAAAGUUAAAAUGUAAAAUUGGUUUGAGUAUUUCAGUAUUAUCCAUAAUGAGCAUUAAUUAAUCCAAUAUUUUUAAAGAAGAAGGGGGGGGGGUAAGUUUCAAUACAUUUGUUACUUUUCAUGUAGACACUCUUGGUUGAUAAGAUGAAAUCUCUCAUUAAUGGCCUUGUUUUUUGUUUUUUUUAUGAAUUUAUCCUUUAAAAUGUAGACUUUUAGGUGUGAUGUGCUAAACAAAUUGCAAUUUUUAAUACAGAAUGUACCAUCGAUCAUUAAAGGUUUAAAUUAAUUUAAAAUUUACUGGUAUUUCAUUUUAACAAUUUUUUUUUUCUAUUUUGAAACUAAAUCCUAAAAAGAUAUAUGGGUCUUCUAUCUUAUUUUAUGACUUAGAUCUAAAGUCUUUAAUUUGAGUCUUUAUAUAUUAAUGAAAACUCUUCAUACAAACAAACAUAUGUAUAAUAUUUAGAAAAAAAAAACAUUUUCAAAUAAAGUAGUCAUUUAUUGUUUAUCUUUAGACUUCUCUACAAAUCUCUAAAAGUCUUUUGAAAAAAUGGAAUUUAAUUUGUAACACAAACUAUUUUUUGACUAUCCAUUAACUUGAUGUACAUAGUUAGCAAUUUUCCUAAGUAAAGUGCCUUGAGAAAAAGGAUGCGACUUGAAACAAAUUCUUAUGAAAUGGAGUAUUAUGAUUUAUUUUUAAUCUUAAUUAUUAAUUAUAUGUUCCAUUUAGUUGUGUAUAUCACCAUAAAUUUUAAGGCAAUUACACAAUGUGUAUAUAAAAUAAUGAAUCUUAUAUUGUGUGCUGUUUCUGUAGCUAACUUAAUAACUUUAGUUGAAAGCAAGUCCUGUUUAAAAAUUUAAUUUUUUCUUUAAGGCAUAAAGAUUCAUAAUAAAAGACAUGUAGAAGUUCUUACAUUUUAGCUGUAUCCAAUGUUUACUGAAUAACAUGUACAGCCAGUCUUUCAAUGUAAUCCAAACAAUGUUGAUACAACACUUGUGCUGGUAGGACUGUUUUAUAACCAUAGUAAGAGGAUUUAUAUAAAUCUGAGACUUUGAGAUUGUAGCCCAAGUAUUUCAUCUCACAUCAAUUAUACCCAAGUAUGAAUGUGCCUUUGAGAAACUAAUGCUUGUGUGUUGUGAUGUAGCUUCUUUAUCACAUUUAUUUACCAUUGUAAUAAUAGUUUUUGAAAUGAACUUGUUUUGUUGUAUUCCUAGGAAACCUGAAUUCCAAACAAUAUUGUUUUCACUUGUUAAAAAAAAAAUUACAUUAUAAUUCUUAUUAAUAUAUUAUUUAUUCAUUUCAUUUGUUAUCAUUACUUUUAGUGAGUCUGAUGAUUAUCAUUAUGUUCAUUCCAUACGUUUUACAUUUUAUUUCAUAUUAACAUUCUGCUGAAAGUGCAAUAUGUAAUAAAUUUGAUUCAAUAUAAAAUAUUUGUUGAUUUUACUGAUACAGUGAUGUAGCUGAAAGCUGUUCUUUUUUUUCAUACAGAAAAUUUUGGUAGGGAAAGAAAUUGCUAUAAGAAAUAAAAUGUCUCUCCUGCAUAUACCUAAAAUAUUUUUAUUUUUUUUGUUACAAUUUUAGCAUGUAGAUGAUUUUAGCCAGCUAGGGUUAUGUGGAGACAACUGUUUUACUUUUUAAACUAUGAGUAAAUUCCAUGGGUUGAAUUUUCCUGUUAUUUUUUUUUUUUUAGUAGCAGUACCCCACACUCUUUCAGUAAGUGUUCUCAGUGUGGACAUUUCAUAGUAAAUGGGCUGAGUAUUUAUGUGAUAAGGAGCAUAAUAGUCAAUCAUAUUUAUAUGUAUCUGUGUUCAAGUAUUAAUAAUUUCUUAUUUUACUUACUUUUUACCUAGUGUAUGAAUUAUUAUGAAUUAUUUAGAAUGUAUCCUAUCAGUAUGUAUGGCUAUAUCAUGAAGUUGCCGAAUUUGAAAUAGUUAAAAGUUUUCAGUUCCAGUUAACAAUGAGCUAUUUAGGAUAAUGGUAAAAAAUACUUGCUUUAAUAAAAUCCAAUAGUUGUCUCCAUAGACUGCAAUCUAACUAUUCACAUGCAAAGUUCAAUGAAAUUUAUUUACAAGUAGUCUUUUUCUUAGAAUACCAUUUUAAUUGUAUAGGAAAUCGUUUGUUCCUACUUUGCUUAUAUCAGUAGGCCUACUAUGCAAAUGUUUCAUUCAUGUUCUAAAAUAUACCUUAUUUAAUCUAUAACAAAAAUCUAUGUAAACCUGCUUUCAGUUUGAAUCAAAGAGAUUAUAAAUUAAAGUGAUUUUCUGACAUUUAUAUAGGUUAAUGAAUAUUUGACGAUAAAAAUUGUGUUAGUAGUGGUAAUGCAAUACACUUGAAUAUGGCUAGGAUAUAGGAUUAUGAAACCAUUGUCCCCUUUUAUCCAACAAUUCCGCAAUAUAGUCUCCCCCUGUUCAACCAUACAUCUUAGCGUUCUGCCCCUUACUUUAAAAAGAACAAUUCCAUUAGCCUCGUUAGAAUCUAGUAACGGUAAGCUCAAUGUUGAAAUGAGGCACAUGUGAACUAAGUUGAAGUUUACACAUGCCUAUAAAUGCCACUGCGUGCCUAAGUCUCUAAAUACCGGUACCAGAAAACUGGGCAAUACCAGCUGAUCAAUUAUGGCAAUGCCUAUUAAUGUGGCGGUUAAGUAGUAGGCCUACCAGGUAUCUAGGGGGUGUAUACACUAUUCAUCGAGAAAUGUCGGUGUCUACAUCGUGUUUCUCAUUGGUAUCUACACUACCCAACAGAAUUGUUCAUUGACAUUGAAAGAAGUCUUGUUUUAGAAUGAACAUGGUUUUAAUGUAUAGUUAAUCACUCAAUUGAGGGUUAUUGCGACAGGGUUUGAACAACGUAUUGCUGAAUAAUAAUAAUACAUUUGUGUUUUAAAAUGUAUUUUAACUAUGCUUAUUUUAUUUUAUUACCGGUUUAUAAAUAUAGAAAGAGAGUAAGGCAAGAUACCAUCAUAGAGAAUUUAAGGUACUGGUACCAGUACUCCUAGUUUUGUAGAUGACAUCAAUAACAUUGAAACCUUUUUUUUUCUUUCAUUCUGUAAUCAUUCAUUACUUUUUGUAUUCACAUCAUAGAAAUACCGCAGCGAAUAUGACUUUUAUGACGCACGUUCCUGUUCAGGUUUUGUUGUGAAGUGAUGUGCUUGUGAAAUGAUUACGUUGUAAUUGUGCUGCUAACUGUUAAACUUGAAUAAAAUAUUUUCUUGAUU